GGAAAAUGUUUUGUUUUGUCAGAACCUUUUCAGUGUAUUGGAAAAGCUGGAUAAGGGCCCUGAAAGAGAGAUAGGGCAAGUUCCAGACAUCGGGCCCAGUUCGGGUCUUUGGCCUCACAGAGGGCUAAUCAGGGCUUUCAGCUGUGCAAGAGCCUUUUAGGGCUGCUAGCCUGAUUAGUGUGAGAGAUUGUCUGGGGAGAGACUGCAGAAUCUCUGUGAGAGGAGCUGCCUUAUACAAUGUUACAACUUGGUAAAGAAUGCGAGCAUGCCGUUCUGCGCAGAAGUGAAAGCAGCAGCUUUAUGAGGCAUGCAGAAAACAGUGGUUUAUGCAGAUACAGCCCAGUGUGAAGACUCGCCCUGAGGAUUUGAUAUAUGUCCUGGGUGAAAGCAGCUACAAAGCCGCCUGAAAAGUCUGUCGACAUGGAGGAACUGCUCAAAGCCUUGCUGCAAGCUACAGCGGCUCAGCAGGAGGCCAACAGACAGCAGCAGGUGGCAAUGGAGGAAAAUAGGAGACAGCAGCAGGUGGCAAUGGAGGAAAAUAGGAGACAGCAGCAGGCGGCUAUUGACGAACUUUACAGGCAACAGCAUCAGGAUAGAGAGGCCUUAACAGAAGUGGUGCAGAGCCUUGCAGCCCGGAUUGGAGAUAUGGCCAUCAGUGCUCCGACCAGCUCUAGUUCUAUACGGGCCAGUCACUUCCUGCAGAAAAUGACAGAGGCUGAUGAUGUGGAGGCCUACCUGACCACGUUUGAAAGGACUGCCGAGCAUGAGAACUGGCCAAAAGCACAGUGGGCCAGUCUGCUGGCACCUUUUCUGUCAGGUGAGCCCCUAAAAGCGUACUUUGAUUUAAGCCCUGCUGAGGCUCGGGACUAUGAUAAACUAAAGACUGAGAUCCUGACCCGCCUGGGAGUCACGCUGUCAGUACGAGCACAACGGGUGCACCGUUGGGUGUACGCCAUGGAGAAGCCUCCUCGCUCCCAGAUGCAUGACCUUAUUCAGCUAACAAAAAAAUGGUUACAGCCAGAGACAUUAACUGGUCCCCAGAUGGUUGAAAGAGUCGUCAUGGACCGCUAUUUGAGAUCUUUGCCCGUGGUCCUGCGCAAGUGGGUGAGCCAUGGAAACCCGGAUACUGCUGACCAAUUAGUGGACAUGGUAGAGAGGUAUUUGGCGGCAGAGGAACUACUGAUGACCACCCAGCAACCCAUAGAUCCUCGACAGCGCCCUUCAGUAAAGACUGGUAAGACUGUUCCGUGGGAAAACGUUGCUGGGCGGUUAAGAGAAUGCAAGGCUGGAGAGACUGUAAACACUGGCCCUGGAGACAGGCCAAUGGGGCUAGAACGGUCUAUGCUGCCCAAACAGGUUGAUAAUCGUGUGGUUAAAUGUUUUAGGUGUGGUAUGCCAGGUCAUGUUAUUGCCAAUUGCCCAGUCACGCAAGAACCCAUGCAAUGUGAUGCUGCCUUUGAAUGUCGCAGAAUGUCUUUCUUUGCUAGGUUAGCCUGUACUGUGGUACCUUCACCUGAGCUGGGAAAACAAAUGUGUGAUGUGUUCUUAGAGGGUAACCGGGUAGAGGCCUUGCUAGAUUCAGGAAGUUUAGUUACCCUCGUGAAAGCUGGGUUAGUGAACCCCUUAAAGGUCCAGCAAAUACCUAUUGGGGUAACUUGCAUACAUGGGGAUACCCAACAUUAUGUCACUGCUGAAGUGAAUAUAGAAACUUGUUGUGGGUCAGCAAUUGUUAAAGUAGGACUGGUCCCCACCUUGGUGCAUGAAGCCAUAAUAGGGAGGGAUUUUCCUCAUUUGUGGAAACUGUGGGAAUCAUGUUUAUCAACAGAUGUGAGAAGUAAAGAGCCAGUUGAUAAUACCGGUCAUUUUAUGGAUGUAUGUGUGUCUUCAGAACUUUCUGACCCUUUGCCUUUUGCUAGUUUGGCUGGGGAAGUGACAGAUGGGGAGUCCAGUGAGGACCCUCUUGCUGGGAACAGAGACAUAGUAGUUAGAACUGAAAGCGUGCCUGACCUGGAGGUAAAGAAGGAUUUGUUUGCGUCUGAACAGUUAAAGGAUCCUACCUUAAUAAAGGCUAGAGAGAAUGUUAAGGUUGUUAAUGGGGAACCUGUGGUACCAGGUGAUAGGGUUACAUAUCCCCACAUGGCCAUCUGUAAUGAACUCUUGUACCACAUUGUCAAAAGGGGUGAGGAUGUGGUGGAACAGCUGGUAGUUCCCCAGCCUUAUCGGAGAACGGUACUAGAUUUAGCUCAUAGUCACGUUACAGCAGGACAUUUAGGGGCAGAAAAAAACAACUGAAAGAGUUUUAC